AUGAGCGGUCGCAAGAUCGCGGCCGCAACUGUACAGAACCGUACUCAGACGCCGUUUUGGCGAUGGGUGCGCAAUAAGCUGCUCGCUGUAGAUAGGUUACCGAUCACGCCGCCUCCAGGCCUUCCAACAGCUGACGGAAAGGCUGAGUAUCAUAACCCGUUACGGUUCCCCAAAACAAAUCCGCUCGUCCUGGUCCAGCAGAGCAACCAACAUUGCCUGGUGGAAUUCAUCAUAUUAUGUCAGAGAAUUACUAUUACACUAGGUAUGGAUGGUCGUCGAGAGGUGAAGCCACCGAAACCACUCUAUUUAUCGGAUGGACAUCAUGCACAGUUCGGAACGCACACUGGUGAAGUCCUCGCGUAA